AUGUCCCUCCUCCCCCCUCCCCCCCACUGCUCAGCAGAACAGCGCGAGGAGGAGGAAGGACCAGAGAGCUCAACUUUUCAACUCCUUCGACACCGAUCUGCUCCCGGAGGUCUAAAGAUGGCCGCACUCACGACCGACGGAACAGAGCGAGGUUCGGAAGAACCGGCCGAUGGGACCGGGGAACCCGGCGCGGAGGCCCGGGCCCCUCCGCCGGACCACCGGGAGGAACUGCCGUGCGAUGCGGAGCACGGAGCCGACAUGGAAGCGGACGGCGGAGACGGAGGUGACCCAUCUCCCGGUCCACAUGCAGACAAAGAGCCGGUGCCGUCGACGGAAUGCGGUGACAGCGACGGGAAAACUACGGAGAAACUGUGCGAGCCACCGGGGGAAAGUCCGGGUGGUCCGGCGAGUUUGGCGGGUAGCAGCGAGACUCAGCCCGGAGAACAAAGAGCGGAGAGCGGCCGCACAAAGCCCGGAGGGAGGCCCGCCGAGCCCGGGCCCAGGAGGCGGGCCAGCCUGGAGAUCUCCUCCUCGGACGGAGAGCCGUUGAGCCGUAUGGACUCCGAGGACAGCAUCAGCAGCACCCUGAUGGACGCGGAGAGCGGCGCGUCCAGCGGGCGCUCCACGCCCGCCAUGAUGAACGGGCACGGCGGGGGGGUCGGGGGAGGGGUCGGCGGCGGGGGGGCCGGCCCUGUCGGGGCGGGGCCCGUGGCGAUGGCGGUCGGGCCCCCGGGGGCCGGGGGGGUGAAGCCCGCCCCCGGGUACACCUGCUGCUGGGACCACUGCCACCUCCAGAACCCCAGCAGCCCCGACCUGGCGGAGCACAUCAGAGCCCUGCACGUGGACCCCCAGAGGGGAGGGGUGUUUGUGUGUCUGUGGAAGGGCUGUAAGGUGUACAACACGCCGUCCACCAGCCACAGCUGGCUACAGAGGCACAUGCUGACCCACAGCGGGGACAAACCCUUCAAGUGUGUGGUGGGCGGCUGCAACGCCACCUUCGCCUCCCAGGGGGGGCUGGCGCGCCACGUGCCCACCCACUUCAGCUCGGGGGGGCGGCCGGGGUCCAACGGCCGGCUGAAGGAGGAGAGCCCCUCCAAGGCGGGGCUCAACAAGCGGAGGAAGCUGAAGAGCAAACGGAGGCGCUCCCUACGUAUGUACUCCGUCCCGGCCGGGUCGCAGCGCAUGUCGCGACCCCAUGACUUCUUCGAUGCUCAGACGAUGGACGCCAUUCGGCACCGCGCCAUCUGCCUCAACCUGGCAACGCACAUCGAGAGCCUUGGCAACGGGCACAGCGCCGUCUUCCACAGCACGGUCAUCGCCCGGCGGAAAGAGGAGUCUGGGAAGGUGAAGCUGCUGCUCCACUGGAGUCCUGAGGACAUACUCCCGGACGUGUGGGUGAACGAGAGCGACCGGCAGCAGCAGAAGACCAAGGUGGUGCACCUGUCCAAGCUGGCCACGGACACGGCCCUACUGCUGGACCCCAGCAUCUACAGGAUGUUCUUCUAGCGGCCGUCGACGCCAGUCUCAUCCUGCUAUGCCCUGAUGCCCCAGGAGAGGGCGCUCCACCUCCUUCUCCGUGUCAGUCCCUCCUCCUCCUCCACCUCCUCCUCCCCCUGCUAGAGGACCCGUUCUGGGGUGUCCUACCGACCCGUCCCUGGGGUCUGGCCGGCCUGCGGGGGUCCCGGAGCGAGAGGCUUAGUUUUAGGUAUUCUGUCUAGACUGAAGCUAACUAACAGAAAAAACUAGAGUUAGACAUAUUUGUAGAAAGCUCCCUGUAAAUAUUUCUGAAGAUUUGUAAUAUAUUUUUAUACUUUGAGAAAUUACUGUACUGUAGAUUAUUUUGUGUUGUUUUGCCAAACUUUUUUUUUAUGUUUCCAAACGCCUCACUCUGGUCGGUGUGUAGUUUACAGAUUACCUCGUCCAGGUCAUUAAAAGUACUCCAACUUGGACUGUUUUAAUAAAUGUAAAACACUG